UUCAAACAUGUUUUAUAUAUAUAAAGGUGCGACUAGGGAAUGAAAUCAUAGUCACUUGCGGUUUAGACCAAGACUAAAUAAACGUUCAAGAUGUUUAAACUAAAUAUUGUUCUGGUUCUCGUAUUUUCCCAAUACGCUUUAUCACAAAUCGUUAAAAUAGAACAAUGUAAAUUGAGUGACGCAGAAUGUAUCAAAACAAGCCAAAGCAAAUUCUUAAAGGAAGCGAGCAGAGGAACGCCCGAUUUCACAUUAAAAUCGACAGAUCCUUAUCUUGUUCCUCACUUUGCACACACGUUUGAAAAAGAAAAAGUACAGGUAGAGUUUAAAAAUGUUGUUGCCACUGGAUUCAGAAAUCAGCAGGUUACCAAUAGCAAGUUUACAGAGAAGAAUGGAGCAAUUGAUGGAGAGGUAGACCAUAAAUUAGACCUAAUUAUAACUGGCGAGGUACUUUUAAAAUCAUUAGAGUCUGGGAAGCAAGUGUCUGGACCUAUUACAAUUGAAGCAAGUUUGAAUGAAAAGCUGAAUUACGUAUUAAGCCCAACUACGACUGCUGAUAAUAAAUUUAAAGGACUUACAGUUGGAGCAGAACAAAAACAAUGUAACAUUAUCGGCGAACCUAAGCUCACUUCAAGCGCUGAGCUUAAAAAUGCUUUAGUCAAAGAGCUCCCAUCGAAACUGGAGGAUUACGAUGGAAUACUUAAGGACCUUAAGAGACUUGCCGUUUGUAUGGUAGCGGAUGCUGUAUAUGGUGUUCAUAUGGAGAACAUGAGAGUUUCUGCAGCUGACUAUGGAGUCUACAAUAAUGCUUAAAUUAUUAUAUAUUUUUGGGUACACCGUGUAGAUUAAUAGUUACAAUAAAUGGGUUCAUUAUUUCAUAAUAAAGUAUGACUGUGUGAAAUUAAAAAUGAUGUAUGCUUAUAACCAGGUAUCCAAAAAUGUUUACCAUAUUGAUUGUUUCUUGGAAUAAAUUCUAUAUCUGAAAUA